UCUGCUGACUUAUUCUGCUUGGGGACUGGGUUAACUUCCCUUCUGGAAAGAUGUCUUCCUACGGGCAGCUGAUUAGCUCCCGCUGUUCUGCGCCAUGUGAAGUGACCUGCUCGGAACCAUAUGUCAACUUCUGCAGUGAACCAUGUGUCAGCUCAUGCGGAGAUUCAAGAGCAAUCGUGUACGCGCCACCCGUCGUAGUGACUUUCCCGGGACCCAUUAUCAGCUCAUGCCCUCAGGAAAGUGUUAUAGGAAGUUCCAUUCCUGAAAUUGGGGGUCAUAUGGGCUCCGGAGGUGGAGGCAUGGGUUCUGGAGGCGGAGGCAUGGGCAUGGGCUCCGGAGGCGGAGGAAUGGGCUCUGGAGGUGGAGGCAUGGGCUCCGGAGGUGGAGGAAUGGGUUAUGGUGGUUCCUGUGGCGGAGGUAGCUCCUAUGGGAUGGGUUCCCACCAUGGUUCAGGAAGUUCUUGUGGUGGCAUUGGAGGGGGCUCAUAUGGGGGGGAGAGCUCAUGUGGUGGUGGAAGCUACCGUUUGGGAAGCUUUUACCGGAACUCGCUUUACUCAGGAUUUGGUAGAAAUUAUUUCCCCUAUUUUUCCAGAGGGUACUAUAGGUAUCGCUAUGGAAACUAUGGGCCAUUUUAAAUCUUUAAUAAAGAGUCAAGACUGAAGGAACAACAAGAUACAAACUAGUAGUUGACAUAUAGACCUGGAAAACAGACAUGCCAAGCAGCCUCCGCUCCAGCCAAUGGCAGUAGGAGCUGGGUUUGCUUGGGAUUUAUUUGCGCUAUGUUUUACCUAAGGCUUACAAUCCCAAUGUUGCCUCACUUUGUCGUUUGCUCAUGUUAUGUUUUGUUCUUUCUGAACCUGAAGAGAGUAAAAGCAAGUAGUGGGACUUGACUGUGAAAGUAUCCAACUGAAAGAAGAAUGUCUCCUGAGCCCUGUGCUCCUCUGAAGGCCUGAUUGGUUGUUGUCUUUGUUGAAAUGGAAAUUACAUUCUUUGUCUCUGCAUUGCCUCAUUCUGCAAGAAUGUAGUCCACUUUUUGUUUGUAUUAAAGCCCC